AUGUCAGGGGUGUUGAUCGUCGGGGCCGGCUUCGCGGGGCUCGCGGCGGCCCAGACGCUGAGGCGGGCAGGGAUGUCCCCCGUCAUCCUGCUCGAGGCCGGGUCGCACGUCGGGGGCAGGGCGCGCACCCUCCGCCUGGAUCGGGGCCUGGCGCUGGAGAUGGGGGCCACCUGGAUCCACGGGCUGGAGCUGGGCGGCGGCGAGGGCCCCAACCCAGUGCUGCGCGCCGCGCAGCGUGCUCAGCUGCUGGGGGCCCGGCCCCGGUUGUCGGUGUGGGAGGACUCCCACUUCCUCGUGCAGGGGGCCAGCGGGCUGCUGACCCAGGAGCAGGCGGCCUGUAUCAUGCACAGCAUCGCCGCCUUUGAAGAGGGCUUAGAUGCGGCUGGUGGAGCCGAGGAGGGUGCGACCCUGGGUGAUGUCCUGCAGGCUGCCUGGGAUAAGCUGUCAUCAGGACAGAAGGUGGCCCAGCACGCUGACCUGGCGCGCAGGGUCUGGGCGUGGCGCGAGUCCCUGCAGCGCGCCAUCGACGGCACAGACUGCAGCGGGGAUCUCUCGGCGACGGCCGCCGCCAGGUACGCCGCUGCGGUUCAGAACACCAACGCCCCCAUCCCCGGCGGCUUCCAGGCGGUGGCCGAGGCGAUGGCGGAGGGCCUCGACGUGCGCCUGCACCGGCGGGUGACUGGCCUGGACUGGGGCGCGGAGGGUGGGGCCUGUGCCACCUGCGAGGACGGAUCGCGCCACGCUGCCGCCGCCGCCAUCGUCACCGUCUCCCUGGGCGUACUCAAGGCACAGCAUGAGACCCUGUUCCAGCCGGGGCUGCCGGCCAGAACCCGCAAAGCCAUGGCCCAGCUCAGGAUGGGGACUGUGGACAAGCUGUUCCUGGAGUUCUAUGAUGCAGAGGACAGCGCUCUUGACCGGGAAGAUGGCGCCGCACCCGCAGCAGCCCCCGACUUGGGCAACGGCGCAGACGUGGUCACCUACGCCCUGCUCUGGGACCCGGCCUCGACGGCUUCAGCCGACUCCGCCCUCCCGGACUGGGCGCGGGGGGUCUUCUCCAUCGGUUUCGGAGGCGCGGAGGUCAAGCAGGGGGCCCAGGAGCCUGGCGCGUCGCCCCGACCCGUGGGCGUGGUGUGGCUGGCGGGCGAGGCGGCCCGCGCCGUCGAGGCCGCCUCCGACGAGGAAGUGUUGGGCACGCUGCGUGCCGUCUUCCGCGCUUUCCCCGGCGCAGUGCUCCCUGCUGGCGCCAGCUGGCGGCGUGUGCGCCUGCACCGGUCCGCCUGGGGCUCUGACCCCCUCUUCCGCGGCAGCUACAGCUACCCGGGCCCCAGCGCGGCGGCCGAUGCCGGGGCGGUGCUGGGCGAGGCGCUGACGCCGCCGGGCGUUGCCCGCCCCACCCUGGUUCUGGCGGGGGAGGCCUGCGCCGUGGAGUACUUUGGGACCACGCACGGCGCCAUGCGGUCUGGGGAGGCAGCCGCCGCGAAGCUGCUGUCCAGCCUGUGA